AAAUGAACAUUUUCUUAUAUAAAUAUGGAAUUUUUUUUUUUUAAUCUUUCAUCUUUCUUUUUUCUAUUAUUUUAUAAGAAUCAUCAUCAUCAAAAUGUCUGCUAUUAAAGAAGCUGUUAGUUCUACCAAGACUGCUCCUAUUGGUGCUCCUUAUAGUCAAGCUAUUAAAUUCAAUGGUUUAAUCUUCUUAUCUGGUACUUGUCCUGUGGAUCCUCAAGGUAAUCAUGUUGGUAUUGCUGAAAAGGAUGUUACCAAACAAACACAUCAAGUACUUCAAAACAUUCAAGGUUUACUUGAAGAUUGUGGUUCUUCUAUGGCCAAGGUACUUAAGGUUAACGUAUUUAUCAAGGAUAUGGGUGAUUUCAAGGCUAUUAAUGAUGUUUAUGCUACUUAUUUCCCUGAUCCUAAGCCAACUCGUACUUGUGUUGAAGUGGCUCGUUUACCUUUGGAUUGUUUAGUUGAAAUUGAAUGUAUUGCUGCUCAAUAGAUAGAUUAGAUUGAAAUAUAUAUAAUAUAAAAAUAAAAGAAACUAGGUUUGGUUGUAUAUUGU